AUGCGGCUCUUUGCAUGUCUGUGCGUUGUGCUCAGCUUUUUGGAAGGAGUGGGCUGCUCGUGUCCUUCACAGUGCUCCUGCGAUUAUCACGGCAGAAACGACGGCUUGGGAUCAAGGUUGGUGCUAUGUAAUGACAUGGAUAUGAAUGAGGUCCCUAUGAACCUCCCUGUGGACAUUAUGAAGCUUCGCAUAGAGAAGACUGUCAUCCGCAGAAUCCCCGCAGAGGCCUUCUACUACCUGGUGGAGCUCCAGUACCUCUGGGUGACUUACAAUUCCGUGACCAGUGUUGACCCCAACAGCUUUUACAACCUCAAGCAGCUGCAUGAGUUGCGCCUGGAUGGAAAUUCUCUGGCUGCCUUCCCUUGGGCAUCUCUGAGGGACAUGCCCCUUCUGAGGACCCUGGGUUUGCACAAUAACAGAAUAACCAGUGUGCCAAAUGAGGCAGUCAAAUAUCUGAAGAACCUUGCCUACUUAGAUUUAUCAAGCAACAGGCUAACCACAUUGCCACCAGAUUUCCUGGAGAGCUGGUCUCACUUGGUCACUGCACCUUCUGGAAGCUUGGACCUUUCACCAAGCAGAAUUAUUCUGGGUCUACAGGACAACCCUUGGUUCUGUGACUGUCAUAUUUCCAAAAUUAUCGAGUUGUCAAAGGUUGUUGACCCUGCUAUUGUGCUUCUAGAUCCACUGAUGGUUUGUAGUGAACCUGAGCGCCUCACGGGAAUUUUGUUUCAGCGGGCUGAGUUGGAGCAGUGUCUGAAGCCAUCAGUGAUGACCUCAGCAACAAAAAUCAUGUCUGCUUUGGGCAGUAAUGUUCUGCUGCGGUGCGAUGCCACUGGCUACCCCACCCCACAGCUCACGUGGACCAGGUCUGACAGCUCACCAGUCAAUUAUACAGUAAUACAGGAAUCUCCAGGGGAAGGAGUCAGAUGGUCCAUCAUAAGCUUGACAGGCAUUUCUUACAAAGAUGCUGGGGAUUACAAAUGUAAGGCCAAGAAUUUGGCUGGGACGUCAGAAGCUGUGGUUACUGUAACGGUGCUUGGCGUUGUCACAACCACAGUAGCAUCAGAUACUGCUGAAGGAACUGGAGAGCAUCCUGAGCAGGAGGUCCAGCCAGGAUCUCGAAGAUCAACAUCUGACCUGGGUGCAUCGACCUCUCUCUGGUCCUCUUCCUCUUCUUCUUCUUCCCUGUCAUCGGCAUCUUCUACUUCUUUUUCUACUUCUCCUGUGUCUCUGCCCUCCACUGCUUCCUUCUCUUUAUCUCCUGUCCUCUCCUCCACUGUUUCUUCAACCACAACUAGCACUAGCAUUUCCGCAAGCACAACUGUGGCCAGCAGGCGAUCACUCCACCUCCACCCAGAUGGGAAAAGAAAUGCAAAAGCAGCGAUGAGUAGUGGAAGCAAGCUUCCCCCAGCCAGUGCAAGUAAGAGAGAAGAGUUGGCAUCAUUGGAUCAAACAAUGCCUAUGGAGACCAAUGUCAUGAUAGAAAACCUCAGGGUGGUCAGCGAGACUAAGGAGAGUGUGACUUUGACGUGGGACACCAUCAACGCCCCGCACAACGCUGCAGUGACUGUGUUAUAUUCUAAGUAUGGUGGGAAGGACUUGCUGCUGCUGAAUGCCAAUGCCAGCAAGAACCAAGUCACCCUAGAUAGCUUGGAGCCCGGUGGGCAAUACAUGGCAUGUGUCUGUCCAAAAGGAGUGCCUCCCCAGAAAGACCAAUGUAUCACCUUUUCUACUGAAAGAGUCGAAGAAGAUGAUCCUCAAUGGUCUCUCCUCAUCGUGGUGACUAGUGCUGCCUGUGUUAUUGUCUUGCCAUUAAUUUGUUUCUUGUUGUACAAGGUUUGCAAACUGCAAUGUAAGCCAGAACCUUUCUGGGAAGAUGAUUUGGCAAAAGAAACUUAUAUCCAAUUUGAAACCCUGUCUCCCAGGUCUCAAAGUGUAGGGGACCUCUGGACACGAAGGCACAGGGAUGAUUCGGAAAAACUGCUGCUUUGUUCUAGGUCAAGUGUAGAAUCUCAGAUGACUUGUAAAAAUGGCCGUUCCAGACCAGAGUAUUCUUGCUAAGAUUUUGCAGCUCAGGUGCAUGUGGGCUACAAAGUUAGGAUCUAAGGGUAUAAUGAACCUUCUGUUUGGAUGACUUUUGGACAGACUCACAUCUUAUGUGAAAACAGCAAAUGGAAUGCUUUUAAGUAUGUAAAAAAAAAAUGAGACUUCUGAACUAAAAAGACAAUUUUGAUUUUUGUUAUGUGGAAAAUGACCAUAGAAAUCAUUGUAGGGUGGUGCUUAAUACAUUAAUACAAUUUUUAGGAUAAUGUUUUCAUCUUUAAAAAUGAGUUCAUGUGAAAAUAGCAAAAUCUAGAUUUUAAAAAGUUGGUUUUUUGAGCAGUGAGAAGCAUUAGUAUAACCAGCUAAGCCUUGAUGCUCAUUCACGUUCAAAGUGCAUAAUGGCAUUUGCUGUGGACAUUUGCUG